AGCGGUGCCUGAUUGCCCUUGUGGCCUGGCCACUUUAGUCCUGGUGGAGCGUCCGGAGUAUCUAGGAUCUGGGGUCGGGGGCUGCGUGUCCUCCGGGGCCUGACCAUGUCUGGCUGCCUUGCUCCUGAGGGAGACUGCUGCUCUCGGCCAUGUGGCGCGCAGGUAGUGGCACAGGUAGAGGACAAGGAACAUCCGAGAUACCUGAUCCCAGAACUUUGCAAACAGUUUUACCAUUUGGGCUGGGUCACAGGGACUGGAGGAGGAAUUAGCUUGAAGCAUGGCAAUGAAAUCUACAUUGCUCCUUCCGGAGUGCAAAAGGAACGAAUUCAGCCAGAAGACAUGUUCGUGUGUGAUAUAAACGAACAGGACCUAAGUGGACCUCCAGCAUCUAAGAAGCUUAAAAAAAGCCAGUGUACCCCUCUUUUCAUGAAUGCUUACACAAUGAGAGGAGCAAGUGCAGUGAUUCAUACCCACUCUAAAGCUGCUGUCAUGGCCACCCUUCUCUUCCCAGGACGAGAAUUUAAAAUUACACAUCAAGAGAUGAUUAAAGGAAUACAGAAAUGUACCUCAGGAGGAUAUUAUAGGUAUGAUGAUAUGUUAGUGGUACCCAUUAUUGAGAACACUCCUGAGGAAAAAGACCUUAAAGAACGGAUGGCUCAAGCAAUGAAUGAGUACCCAGACUCCUGUGCAGUACUCGUCAGGCGCCAUGGAGUAUAUGUGUGGGGGGAAACAUGGGAGAAGGCCAAAACCAUGUGUGAGUGUUAUGACUAUUUGUUUGAUAUUGCCAUAUCAAUGAUGAGAGUAGGACUCAAUCCUACACAGCUACCAGCUGGAGAGAAUGGAAUUGUGUAAGCCAAGUGGAAGUUUAUCUAUAGAGAUAAAUCUCAACUUAAUUAUUACUUAAGUGAAACUUGUCUAUUUUUUAAAUGAAGUUUUUAGUGAUGCUAUUAAUUUGUCACUAAAUACUACAAAUGGUCACCAUCUCUUCUGACAUUGAGAAUUAGCUUUAUUCUUGUAAUUUUAAGCAAUAAGGCAAUGGAAUAAAGGUUUUUCUUUUACUCAGGUUA